AUGACACUCUCAUGGUUGUUUGUCCUGAGCUCUCUCUUUGCAUACCUAAUCCCCGCAUACUCGUUAAUCCAUAUCAAAUUGGGUUUUAUGGCACCAUGGACGUCAGGAUUCGAUUUAUUAGACAACUUCAGUGGGACAACGAGCGCCGGUGCAAUAAACAUAGCAAUCGACAGGAUAAAGGAAAUGGACUUGGUUGAAGAACUUGACUUCGAGAUCGUUUGGCGUGAUUCAGAGUGUAACACUAAGCAGACAAGUGGUAGAUUAGUAGAACUAUAUGCAGAUGAACACGUUGAUGUUAUCAUAGGACCACCAUGUUCACAAGCAUGUCUUUCCGCCGGACAACUUGCUUCAUUCUGGAAUUUACCAAUCAUUUCCUGGGUAGCGACAGAUCCCGAGUUCAAUGACAAGACAAGAUAUACAACUCUAGGUCGGUCAUUAGGUCCUUUCACCAAACUUGGUACAUUUUUAACGGAAAUAAUGGAAAGAUAUAAUUGGAACAGAGUUGUUGUUAUUGCGUCUACAUACCUUCUGUUCAAAGACGCGGCUAAUGCUAUCGUGAAGACAUUUCAAGAAAAUAACGUAACCAUGGCAUAUUAUGCUACGUACGAUAACAACCCAACACAGAAGUUUAUUCAGAAUAUUUUGACAAAAACAAAGAGAGAGGGAAGAAUUGUUGUUAUUUGUGCACCUAAACGGGAUCGGCGCAUGUUGUUACUGGAAGCAUACGAUAUGGGCAUGACUACGGGUGAAUACGUGUUUUACACAGUUGAAAUGUUACCUGAACAAGAUGUCAUCACUGCUGAAGAAACGUUUCUAGGAGAUGAUGGUCGUGACGAAGACGCCAGGAAAGCAUUUGGAGCCGUAUUCCAUAUGUCGUUGGCAGCAUUGAGCGGCGAAGAGGUAGACCAAUUCACCAUUGAUGUAGUACGGCGUUUGAAAGACCCGCCAUGGAAUAUAACAUUGGAUACCAGCAUUAAGGGAAAUAAAUAUUCCGCUUUUCUACAUGAUGCGAUGAUACUAUACGCUUUGGCGUUGAACGACACGGUGUCAAAUGGCUUUGAUUAUCGUGAUGGUGAGGUAAUGUUGAGAGCAAUGGCAGGCAAGUUUUUUAAAGAAAUAUUCUUUGAAGAUAGAUCCUUGGCUGAUAGACGGAGACUGGAGUGUAAUGCUAGGGUUGUAAGGACUACCGUUAUGCGAAACCAUGCAGCAGUAGAUGCCUCUGAGCAAGACUUGUAUUGGGGUAUAACUGGAAAUGUGUUAAUGGAUAUGGACGGAGAUAGAGAACCUGAUUACUGGAUUUCUGAUUUGAAAGAAAAUGGACGUUUUGAGAAGAUCGCAGAAGUUGUCAAUAUUGACAAUGCAACUCGGAUGUUUCGUCAGAUUGGCGAGCCGCAAUGGGGCGACGGGCGAGUUGGGCAUGAGUUUGCACCACCAGACAUCCCAGUAUGUGGUUUUGAAGGAGAGUUUUGUCAGGAAAGUAGCAAUGUAUAUAUUUACGUUAUUGCAUUUUCUGCUGUGGUUUUGCUGGUUGUACUAAUGGUAGUACUUGGCUUUUAUUUAUACAGACGGAGUCAGUAUGAAGCUGAAUUGAUGAGUAUGAGAUGGAAGAUUCAAUUUGAAGAUAUUCAAAUGAUUUCUAAUACGUCACACCCGAAACUGAUCACCGGACAUGGAAGCCAGACAAGUGCUAAAUCUGGAAGUCUUGGAUCAGGUUCUUUAUUAUCCAAACUAUCCUCGAAAUGUUCGAGUGGGCUACAAAGUGCGACUACUGCUAAAAGUACACAGUACUUCUGCAAAGUCGGAGUUUAUCGGGGAUUGACUGUGGCUAUGAAAAAAAUCAACAAGGAGCACAUGCAAAUCACCCGUAAGGUGCUGAUUGAAUUCAGUGAGAUUAGGGAACUUAGUCAUGACAACCUGAACAUAUUCAUUGGAGCAUCGGUGGAUGUGGGAAACAUUUACGUACUAUGGCAGUAUUGUCCUAAAGGAAGUCUUCAGGACUUAUUGGAGAAUGAUGAUGUGAAGUUGGAUACAGCAUUUAAGAUGUCUUUUAUUUCUGAUAUCGAUUUGGGAAUGGAGUACUUACACAAAAGCCAACAUGGGUACUGUUCCCAUGGCAACCUGAAAUCGUCAAACUGCUUGGUAGACAAUCGAUGGGUUGUGAAAAUUAGCGACUAUGGUCUGCCGAGCUUCAUGCAGGGACAGUCUCAAUCUGAUGAAACGGAAGAGCAAGAUAAAUUUUUACGUAAAUUAUGGACCGCUCCUGAAAUUUUGCGUAUGAACUUUCCACCUCCAUGUGGCACUCAAAAAGGGGAUAUUUACAGCUUUGCUAUUGUACUGUUUGAAAUUAUUGAACGUUCUGCGCCAUACACGUUUGACCACAUAACACCUAGAGAUGUUGUGAAUAGAAUUCGCAGUGGCGAGAGUACUCCAUAUCGUCCAGUAAUGUCAGCUGAGAACGAUUCUAUGGGCGAACGCAUUCGCCAGUUAAUGAUACAAUGUUGGAGCGAAAAUCAAGAAGAGAGACCAUCUUUCAGCAAAAUCAAAUCUGUUAUUCGUUCUAUAAAUGGUGGAAAUAUUAUGGACAAUAUUUUAAGCAUGAUGGAAAAAUAUUCCAACAACCUGGAAGCAAUUGUCGAAGAAAGAACCGAGCAACUUGUUGAAGAAAAACGAAAAACGGAUCGGCUGCUGUAUCGAAUGCUACCUCCGACCGUCGCAGAUGCCCUAAAGCUUGGAAACAUCGUUCCACCACAAAGUUACGAAUGCGCCACUAUUUAUUUUUCUGAUGUUGUAGGUUUUACUAAACUUUCCUCUGAGAGCACACCAAAACAGGUUGUUGACCUUUUGAAUGAUCUUUACACAUGUUUUGAUGGAUUGAUUUCAAACCAUGACGUAUAUAAGGUUGAAACCAUUGGUGAUGCAUAUAUGAUAGUGUCCGGUUUGCCACAGAGAAAUGGUAAACGUCAUAGUGCUGAGAUUGCCAACUGUGCAUUGGACCUGCUUAGUUCCAUCACACGUUUUAAAAUACGUCAUCGUCCUGACGAAAAACUGCAACUGCGAAUUGGUAUACAUACAGGUCCUGUAGUGGCUGGAGUUGUUGGUUUGGUUAUGCCUCGAUAUUGUCUGUUCGGGGAUACUGUCAAUUUAGCGUCUAUAUUGGAAUCCAAUGGAAAACCAUUACACGUUCACAUCAGCAAGCAAACCUACCUUGCUCUGGUCGCAUUGGAUUGUGGUUAUCGCAUGUAUCUUCGUGGAGAGAUGCAUAUAAAGGGUAGAGGUUUAUUGCCGACAUAUUUUCUUACCGGUAAAGAUGGGUACAAAGGAACGCUUCCCCAGCGUGAGGACAUAAAGAAAAGCGAUGAUAUGAGGCAGAAUGAUAACUUUGCAGAAUAUGGUGGAGAUUAUGAAGCGUCAUCAAUGCAUAAAUAUAAUUAACUCAAUAAUUAAAAACUAAAGAGAAAAAGCAAGUCAUAUUGUACUAAAAUGUUCUCAUAUAGGAAAUAGUGUUGAAUGUAGUAUGUUAUCAAGAUCCAUUAUAUCAUUUAUAAACACAUGAUUUCUCUUGUUUUUUCAUGAUAAAUUCGGUUUGUAAUUUCAAUAUCGCGUAUGCCCACAAACAUUAUUGAGUUUCAGCCACAAAUGUUAAAGUUGCAUUAUUGGCAACAUUGUUUUUUAUA